UAAUAAUAAUAAGGCGGCGUUGUUUAUCCAAAGAAGAGGGGUUGGACAUCAGCUAGAUUCUGUGCCAGGCUUUCCUUUACUUCCAUUUCCUCCCCUCCCAUUAGACUCACCGCCAGUAUUCAGUAUAUAGUCACGGUCUUACCCUCACCGCACUGCCGACCAAGGUCAGCAUCAGUGACCGCCCUCGGGAGCUGUCAGUGCGGCAGCAGACCUCCGCGGACCCCGGCAGCUUUAUAUAAUACGGGAUUUAGACCAAGAGGCCAAAUAAACGACUUGUGCCGUGCGGAUGGAUGAAGCCUGUGUAGCGCAGGACUGAACACAAGUUUGGCGAACUUGUGAGAACUAAUCAAACGUGACACCAUGUUGGGAAACCCAGGGACCUACGCUAACAAGAAAAGGAAGAAGCCCGUCCUCAAACAAAAGAAGGUCUCUGAGGGCAAUGCAGUGGUUAAAUCCAACCCGUCAAAGCGUCACCGGGAUCGGCUGAACGGGGAGCUGGACAGGCUAAUGGACCUCCUGCCCUUUUCUGAGGAGGUGCGCUCUCGCCUGGACAAACUGUCAGUCCUUCGUCUCAGUGUGGGAUAUCUGAGGGUCAAGAGCUACUUCAAAGCCACCAUGAAGAACAAUAAAAGCAAUCUAAUGUUUCCUGGAUUGAAUGGGCAGAACGGGAACAGCAUGGACACUACACCCUUCAGUGAAGGGGACAUGCUGCUCCAGGCUCUGAAUGGGUUUGUAAUGGUGGUCACAUCAGCGGGACUGGUGUUCUAUGCCUCCUCAACAAUGAAGAACUACCUGGGUUUCCACCUGUCGGAUGUGGUUCACCAGAGUGUGUUUGAACUUAUCCACACUGAUGAUCGAGCCAUCUUCAGAGAGCAGCUCCACUUUGCUCUCAGCCCACCUGUUGCAGCAGAUGAGGAUGCCUUGCAGAGUUGUGGUAACACGAUGAUGUACAAUCCUGAGCACCUCCCACCAGAGAACUCUUCCUUCCUGGAGCGGAGUUUUGUGUGUCGCUUCCGCUGCCUCCUGGACAACUCCUCUGGUUUUCUGGCUCUGAAGUUCCAGGGGCAACUGAAGUACCUCCACGGCCAAAGUCUGCUGACGGACAGUAACAGACCUCAGCUGGCCCUGUUUGCGAUAGCCAUGCCUGUCCAAUCUCCAUCCAUUGUGGAGAUCAGAGCUAAAGUGCUCCUGUUUCAAACCAAGCACAAGCUGGACUUCACUCCCACGGGUAUUGAUAGCAGGGGGAAGGUCGUUCUGGGCUACUCAGAGACUGAGCUGUGUAUGAAAGGCUCCGGCUACCAAUUUAUCCACGCAGCUGACAUGAUGCACUGCGCCGACAACCACAUCCGGAUGCUGAAAACAGGAGAGAGUGGUUUGACCGUGUUCAGGCUCCUAAGCAAGCCAGGCAGCUGGUUGUGGGUGAAGUCCAAUGCCAAGCUGAUCUACAAAGGAGGGAGACCUGAAUUUAUCAUUGCAUAUCAGAGGGCUAUAAGUAACGCUGAGGGCGAGGACUAUCUCCGUCAGAGGCGACAGCAGCUUCCCUUCAGCUUCACCAAAGGAGAGGCCACCCUCUAUAACACCGGCCCCACGGUGGAUAUCCCACAGUUUCAGUCCAAUAAAAUGUUCAGCAACAGUGACAUGAAGAAAGAUGUGGUGCCUGGCUCUUUGCUGGACUGCUUCUUGAGUCAGGAUGAAAGUGCUUACACUCAGACAGUGAAGACCCCUCUACCUGUGGAUCAGGUCUUCAUGGACAGCAGGGCCCUGGUCAGUGUUGUCAGUGAUGCAUGGCAGGGGAACGAGGCAGUGGCUACAAUGAGUGAGCCUGUUGUGGUGAAAGAGGAGACCAAGCAGUCAGUGAUGGCUGUGAUUGACAAGUUUGAGAAAAUGGCAGAGAAUGGUGAUUUUUGUGCAGCUUUGCAAACUCUGGAGGUAGAUAAUGCUGAGCUUAUAGAGUGGGAAAAUGCUCUGAAAACAUUAGGUCAGGAGGAUCCACAGAAUAAGGUUCGAUCUGACUUGGACAAUAUUGUCGCUAGUGACAUAUUUGACUAUAUUGAUAGCAUUUUGUUCAAGGAGAAAGCAGAAGAGUGUCUGGACACUCUUCCUCCCAACUGCCUCACAGUUAUCAACAACCAUCAGCAGGGCCCCUUCACUCAGGCUGCCCACUUUUCAGCCACUGAUCUCUGUGAGCCACAGCUAUUACAGGCACCCAGCCCCGAUUGCACUUACUCUCCCGUGAAUGGCCUCCACAUUCACCAGCAGGAUCCAGUCACCGCAGCAGCGACAUCAGGGCAAAGCAUGGUGGAACCUGCUCAUAUGUUCAGCAGCACCCAGAAACUCUCUCACCAGGGUCCCCAGACUGACACCAGCCUGCUUUCUCUUCAGCAGCUGCAGCUUCAUGACAUCUUCAGCCCAUCUAUUGAGCUCCCUGAUCUCACUGUCCCUGACAACUCAGCUGAUGAUGCUUUAGCUCCUUUUCAUUCUCAUGGGCAGGCAUCACACAUGGACUUCCAUCAGGAGAUUUCUGUCCAGCAGGCCAACCAUCUCCUGCUACAUCAAAACAGUUUGCAGGCACCAGCAAUGGCACUACCAAACAAUACACCUGUUGUAAUGAAGCUGCAGUCUCCAAUUGUAAUGGACAGCGUGCCUCCACUGAUUCCUUGCAGUGACUUUACUUUCACUAAUACUCCUAAUAUUCCCUUUCAGUUUUCAUCACCUUGUCUGCAAGAAAGCCUCCCUUUUGAAAAGCACAACGUUCAUCUUCAGCAGUGGGCACAGAUCCAGCAGCAAAAGCUGCCUCAUGCUAGCAUCAUGCAGAAUGGACACAGGACAAAUCCAGCACUCCAGAGCCAAAAUUCACAAAGCCAAGCUUUGCCCUGUGCUUUUUUUUUGCCGAGGAAUGACACCGGGCCGACCCAAACACAGCAGGGGGGACUGGCAGGUUGCCAGAAAGAUACGCCUAGCAGCUGCAUGUUUGGCCAACACUUUUCUUCCAGGCCAGCAGCAGGUGACAUCCUGCCUAUCUCUGCAUCUUCAGGCCUCACAGUGGCUGGCACACCUUUGGAUCAGGGUUCUCUUCAAGGUUCCUGCUGCUUCCAGUGGAGCCACCGUGAGCCUGUAGUGGGCACAUCAGCCAUCAUCCAGGAGAACGUUAACAACAGUCCUCUUAUUGCUCCGCCCAGCAUGCCUUCCACAGAGCACUCACACAACAUUCAGCACUACCUGGAAGGCAACAAACACAUACUGCAGAAUGAUCUCAGCACGGCUGAGCACAGUGGGACUCCUGUCACUCUUUCUCUAAUGUAGCCCCAUGUCUGAUGGAGCAGAGGCAACCCUCCAUGUUGCUGCUGGUGCUACAGCUGCUGGAGAAGGACAAACCCCAGUUUAUUCUUUGCCUGUAUCAGUGCUUAGCCACACAUUCACACGCUUCACUUGUGUUAUUAUUGUGUUUUAUAUCCCUCUGUAUCAUAUUCACUUUGUCCAGGCUGUUAUGUUUAAAAUGUGUUGCUUUAGUGAAGAUCCACUAUGAUAAUAAUGAAGUAUGAAGCUGCAGGUGCAUUCACCAGGAUGGAGCUUGAACAGGAGGGUGGCUCAGGUGAAUCUAAACAGCCAAAGAUGUUUUUUUAAUAAGGGAAUUCAGAUUUGAAUGCAUAAUGAUGUUUUUAGUGUAAUCAUUCUAAACUUUGAUGCUAAAGUUUGUUAAAGUUAUAAUCUAUAUAACAACAGCAUAAAAGUCACUGAGCUUUGCCUUUGAAUUGAUAUAAUUACAGAUAGAAUAAUCUGUAUAUUUUCAAUAAAACCCUUAAAGGGCCUGACUGCAGUGUAUAAAUGUGAUACUAGUUUUACAAGAAGGUCUGCACAUGCUCAGAAUGCCUUAGCAUGUGAUGCCUGUGUUAUCUGUGUGCAGUGUAAAUGAGAGUAUAUGUUCCAGUAUGCAGAGAGAGCUCACGUCCCCAAAUUUCACACCAGCACUUGACAUGUCAGGAAGAAGCAGGGAACACCACAAUCCUGCCUUUGUGAGGCUGCUUUCAUCCUUUGGGUUUAGUGAAGUAAAAAAUGAGCAUUGUUGGAACUUCAUGUGAGUUUGGCUGUAUUGGAGUAAGGGGGUGGGGGUAAUGUACUGAAACUCCCACUGCUCUACACCUGUGUGUGCCACCUUUAAUAAGCAUUCAUCUCAGUAAAAUGUUCAGUGGUUACAUUGAAGAAAUUCUGUUAACUGGAAAAGCCUGCAUGCUUUUUUUGACUGUUGUGUUUACAGGGACAACUUAUUUUGAAAAAUACUGUACUAAUUAAAGCUGCAUCCUAAUUCACGAGCCACCUCCUUUGAAACAUUAGUUUGUUCAUAUUAAAUAUGAUCUUUACUCUUCUCUAAAUUAGCAACACAUUCUUAUCUCAGGCUGUCAUAUAAUGCUGUUUUCAGAUGUCACCUGUGUCUCACAAUUGGUGUAUUGGCACUGGUGCCUUAACCCUGCCAGGGGACCUGCACAGCCUGUGUUUGGAGGCUUUGGUUCAUUUGUACGUGUGUGUAACACUUAGUUUAAUGUUUUUAUCCACACACAGUUGGGUUUUGUUCUGUCACUGAUUUGAUUUGAUUGGUAGGCCACGUAAACUCAGAGUGGGGUCGGUAGAUGCUGAGGGUCAUAGUUGCCAACUUUCUGCAGAGUCAGUCACUACAGACCUCCAACCUUCAUGUGGCCUUCAGAUCAGCUCAAGAACAGUGUGUAGAGGGCUUCAUGGAAUGGGUUUCCAUGGCCGAGCAGCUGCAUCCAAGCCUUACAUCACCAAGAGUAAGGCAAAGCGUCAGAUGCAGUGGUGGGUGGGAGUGGCAGAGCAGAGUCAGUGUGUGAAGAACUGUGUGGCCUUGACAAAAAGCCAUUAUAUUACACCCCAGGAAUGAGAACGGUCUGACAGAGUCAUUGUAACUGUGAGGAAGUAGAAAACGUUCACAUGUAUCACUGCAAACAUCUCAGGAGGACCGUGAAGUAUUAGCAACCUGUUCCAUUACACCUGGACGACAGGAAAGUGAUAUUUGAGAUCAAUUCUAAAAGUUUUAGAUGUUCUUUACACGUUAGACUUGAAUGUGGUACUUAGAAGUACUAAAAAUGAGAGCGUGACAAAUGACAUGCUUCAAAGAAUGUCCCCCCUGAACUGUAAUGCAGUUCAAUUUAUGCAUUUAUACACUGAAUUUAUACAUUCAGUUGCAUAAGCAAAUACAUUUGCAGCAGCUACCCCCAGUUAACUUGUGAUCUAGCAUGGAAACAUACUGAAAUAAAUGUUGCAUUAUCCACACUGAGCCAUAUCCAGUGUAAUCCUAUAAUUUCUCCUGUCACGUAUCGCUGAUCGGCAGCUGAAAUCCAUUUCUGUGCAUUUUUGUAUAAAGCAGAACAAGUGAAAUUAAUUUUCCUCUGUAGUUCUUUUUUUCCUCUAUGUCCUUCAGAGGCGCACUGGUUUAAGGGGAGUCAUGUCCAUACAGUAGGAGAUACAGUAAAUUAAUGAGGUUGCAGCCAGCCCUCAACAUGUGAAACAAUACAAACAAGAUUAACAAACAAUGAAAAUGUAGCAGAAAGUUUUCAGUGAACCGUGGAGAUGUCUCUUGGUCUGUUUCCUGUUUCGUACCCUUUGGUCUACUUUUAUUUGAUUCUUUUCAUCAGAUGUAGUCUGUAAUAUCCACACUACAUAAGCAGAAAUCAUUGUCUCAAUUCACCUCAACGGGAACAGCAUGAACACGGCAGCUUUUUCCUCAUUCCUGCUGCACUGUGGGAAAUCUUUCAGUAUUCAGCUUUUCCAUUGGAAUCUGUCAUGUUUGUGUUUGGAAGUAACUUUUACUAUAAUGUUUAAAUAUGAAAAAAAAAAAAAUCUUCAUUGAAACCUGAAGGAAAGCAGCCCACACUGCCCACAGUCUGUGUAAUAUGGGCUUUUUUCUUUCUGUGUCCUGGCUGCUCAUCGUUCUUUGUUAUGUUGAACUUUCACUCCCAGCAUGUGGACGUCAGGCCUGUCACAGGCCUUUGGUGUUGGACUUUGAUGCAGACUGUAGCCACUAUGAAAAACCUGGAGCCAAAUGUUUUAUCCACAGUAGUGCUGAUGUUUUUAACCUUUUUAGAUUGUGCCUUGACCGCAGCCAUAUUUCUGUUCUUUGUAAAAAAAAAAAAAAAA